GCUGUCGCAGCCUGUGCCAAAGCUCCAGCCGCGGCGCAGCGCGACUCACUCAUUACGCGGCCGUCGCGUCAAUCACGACGGCCGGAUAAUUGCAAGAGGCCACAUGUCGGAGCGGUGCUCGAUGCUUUUGCUUUCUUGACAGUAUUUUGCUCGCCCGUCUUUGGGAUUCCGCCAUAACCGCACCGGUUGCGUUGUAAUUCCACGCAAGGAGCCAAACACGGUGUUAUAUAGUUUCGUUUCGUUUUACAGCAUGGACAUCUACCAGCUGAACCUCGCAGGGCUGAUCGGCCUCUGCGGCGUGCUUUUCCUGGCCCAGAGAAAAUCGACCACUCCGGCGACAAAGGACAGCAAGACGAAGAAGGAUGCCAAAGCGGAGGGCGCGGAAGGAGACGGGCCAUCCCAGUGGGCGUUCCUGGUGGUGUUUUCGCUGGUGAUGGGCUCCGACUGGCUUCAGGGGCCCUUCCUCUACUCGCUCUACCGCGACGAGCACGGCGUGUCGGCCGGGCUCGUGUCGACGCUGUACACGACUGGCUUCCUGUCGGGCGCCGCGGGCGGCUACGUGGCGGGGACGCUGGCGGACCGGCACGGGCGCAGGCGGGCGUGCCUGCUCUUCUGCGGCGUCUACGCGGCCUCGUGCCUGCUGACGGCGUCCCCCUCGGCGCUCGCCUCCCCGCCCGUGCUGUUCGCGGGCCGCGUGCUGGGCGGCAUCGGCACGAGCCUGCUCUUCAGUGUCUUCGAGUCAUGGAUGGUGACCGACUUUGCCGAGCGCGGGCUCGCGGCCAAGGGCGGGGACCUCUCGCGCACGUUUGGGCUCAUGAGCACGCUCAACAGCGUCGUCGCUAUUGUUAGCGGCGUGUUUAGCGAGUGGCUCGUCGCGGCGACGGGGACACGCAGGUCGCCCUUCUACGCGGCCGUGGUGCUGUUGGGCGUCGCGGCGUGGGUUAUUGUGACGCGCUUUGACGAAAACUACGGCCAGUCGGCCAACAAGGCCAAGACCGAGGCGGCCGACAAGAACAAGCCCCAGACCAUCGUCGACAACACGACCAAGCUCUCGUGGAUCCUGUCGGACCCAAAGGUGCUCGCGUUGGGGCUGGCCUCGACCAUGUUCGAGGGCUCCAUGUACCUCUUUGUCUUUUUCUGGUCGCCCGCCCUCAACGCCGCCCGCGACGCGGACCCCGCCGGCACCGGCACCAGCGGCAGCGGUUCCGGCCUGCCCUACGGCGUCAUCUUCGCCGCAUUCAUGGCCACGACGCUGGCGGCCUCGCUGGCCUUCAACAUGGUCAUGGAGCGCGGGCUGGUGCGGUACUCGGUCCUGAUGAUCGGGAUCCUGGCCGCGGCCGACUUGUGUUUUGCCUCCCUGUCUGGCGGCGGCGGCAUGGCCUCCUCCAGGUCCGAGCAGACCACAUUCUGGCUCUUUUGCGCCUUCGAGGCCUGCGUCGGCGUCUACUGGCCCUGCAUGGGCUACCUCAAGGGCCGGCUGAUAGAGGACGGCGCGCGCGCGCGCGUCUACUCGGUCCUGCGCGUGCCUCUCAACCUCUUCGUCGUGGCCUCGCUCCACCUCACCCGCGACGGCGGGCCCGGCGCCCACGCCGCCGUCUUUGGCGUCUGCGCCAAGCUGCUGCUGGCCUCGUGCGCGGGGCUGUGGGCUAUGGUGAUGAACGAGAACGACCUGCCUUGAGAGUAUUGUGUGCUGCCGGUGGGAGGGAGUGGGGGUGAGGGGAGGACCUUGUUAGCCCUACUGCUGGCUGUUCUGCGUAUACGAGCUUUUUCUUUUGGAAUUUCGUCAUGGAGUGGGCAUCUACUUGGCUUGAUCGGGAUGGUCUUCUCUCAAGCCAUAUUCUGCCGCCAUGUUUGCUGGAUACACACACCCCAGUGAUACCUUUGUGCGUUUGUGCGUGCUUUCCUGAAUUCGACACCCACGCCCUAUUUCGUCAACGUGUGAAUUCAGCCCGUCAUUUCUCGUGUCCUACGUAGUCCGGACAUUUUUUCCCCUUGCCGUCUUCUAGCUCUCCGC